CGAGGAGAAGGAGAAGAAGAGAACGGUGCGACGGUGGAGGAGGAGAUAUCAAAAUGGCUACUAGCGAUGAUGAACAUUACCAUCUCUACGAAGUGUUUCAAAAUUGCUUCAACAAAAUCGCCAACAAGCAGCCUGAAAAAGCAGGCUAUCAGUCUCCAUAUGGCGGCAUGGACAAUGGCGUGUACACCCCCGAGGAAUAUACUCACGAGAGUCCGGUGUCGGGCGGUGGCCAGCGGUACACGUCGCCCAAAACCGGCGGCGCCCUGUACCAGCCGGAAGCGUACUACGAUGCGCCCGGCGGCUCGUGGUAUCCGGCCUCUGCGAGCGGAGCGUACGCGCCCCAUCCGGCGGCCGCAGGUUCCGCGUACGGACACAACGUGGCGCACCUCGGCGGUGGUCCCCAGCACGGCCACGACCAGUACGCGAUGUCACCGGUUGGCGUUUCCCACAUGGAUGCACACCUAAACCAAAAUCAAACCCAAGCACUUCCACCGAUGAGCACGUUCCGGGGAAACGCCACCCAGAUACCGUCGAUCGGUCCCCAGGGCCAGAACUCACCCGCAAUCUACAACGCAAUCGCCGGCCAUCACAAUCAGCAUGCACAACAUAGUCCAAUUGUACAAAAUGAUACACUCGUUGGCAACGCACUGAAGACGAUGUAUCCCACUGACCAGAGCAUCAGCAGUUACGGCUCGAACCCAACGACACCAGUGAACUCACCUCCUCCACUAACAUCACAGCAGCAAGCGGCCGCGGCCGCCGCAGCAGCAGCCCAGCAGCAACAUGCCGCCCCGGUUCCUUCCGCCGCCUCCGUCGUCAGUAUAGCCGGAUCGUCCGGUGCCGGUGGUGGCGGGGGUCCCGGCCCUAGCGUCGGCUCCUCCUCGGCGAUACCCACGGCAGCGGCCGCCGCCGCGUGGCAACAAAUCAGCAACCCUGUGAUCAACAAUGGCGGUGGCGGUGCCGGUUCGGCGGCCGUCGCGGCAGCAGCAGCGGCGGCGGCGGCUGCGGCCCUCAGCGGGCUGCCCAACGGUUCCUACGCGCCCGAGCUGGUCCACCGGGGCCUGCAGCACAUGGCUAACUCGCCCGAAAUCCAACCGCUGAACGAUGCGAUUGUGUCGCUGCUCAGGGAACACUCUGAAAAUGGACAGGGCACCCGCAUGGAGGAGAGUCUGGACGAUGCGCUCAACAUCCUGCGGAACCACUGCGAACCGCAGGUCGGAGUGUCGCUCUCUUCGCUGGACGCCAGCUCGCCGUACGGCAGCGCGUCCGGGGUCGGUUCGGACGGCGCGUCGCUCAUUCCACCCCCGGGCAGAUCGUCGAGCGGGAUGCACCCGCAGGACUCGGCCAGCAGUUUGCCGCUCUCGGCGGUGGCCGCCGCAGCCGCCAGUGGGCUGGUCCCAGUGAAAACCGAACGGUUACCGAACACCCCCGCCACCGGCAACAGCAAGAAACGCAAAGAACCCCCAGAUUCGGAUACCAAACCUAGCAGUUCCGUGCCCGGUUCCACCAAGGGUCCCAAGAGGCCACGUAAAUAUAAAACUUCGCGCAGUUGUUCCAGUGCCGACGACGACGACGACGAUGACGACGAUGAUCUCGAUCCCGUGACCAAGGACCGCAAGGAGAAGGAACGGCGGCAGGCGAACAAUGCACGGGAACGGCUGGCGAAAAACAACGAACGGGAGAGAAUCCGCAUCCGGGACAUCAACGAAGCGCUCAAGGAGCUCGGCCGCAUGUGCAUGUCGCACCUGAAGUCGGACAAACCGCAGACCAAGCUGGGCAUCCUCAACAUGGCGGUCGAGGUGAUCAUGACCCUGGAGCAGCAAGUGCGAGAACGCAACCUGAACCCGAAGGCGGCCUGCCUGAAGCGGCGGGAGGAGGAAAAGGCGGAGGACGGCCCCAAACUGCCCCCUCACAUACUGCACCAAACGCCGUACCCCUCACUACCCGGCCCGCCGCCAAAUCUUCCCCACAACCCCGGGCCACCACAAUAGCACAAUAACCUAAACAGCUUAAUUCGAAGAUAACACAGCAGCGUCAACAAACAACAACAACAACUGCGGCAACAACAACAAUUACUACGUCAUCAUCACACAUGUAAAUAUAGUGCAGAAGAAACAGUGAGCGUAGUAGCUGAAGAAGCAAACGAGAAGAAGAUCGCCGCAACAGUAGUUGAAUCGUGUGAGUGCUUGGACUGGUGGAUGUGGUUGUGAGAGAGGGAGAGAAUGUUAGUGAGUGUGUGUGAGAGCGAAAUCUGCGUUAGUGUGCGUGUCAUGAGCGGAGUAUAAGUCGCGCGCGCGAAAAGAAGGUUUGUGACACACUAAAGAUUUGAAACAAUAUUAUCUUUUAGUAUUCUGUAUGUAAAAAUUGAAGGAAAAACUUGCAGUCACAAAAGGGUGUUUUUAAUCAACUUUUCAAAGGCUCAAACUCAAAACAGCUCACACAAAAUUUAAAGUUGAAAAAAAAAACGAAUGGAAACCAUUGAGAGUGAAAGCUGUAAAAAGAAAACUAUACAUCACAUCGAUCAGACUGUUAUAGGCAAAAUGAAAAUAGGUAAAUUUUGUGUUUCUUUGCAAAAAAAAAGCUAAAUAAUUGGCAUUUUUUACAUCUGAUGGAACGAAAAAUAUCGUGCGAUUUACUCUAAUCCAAAUUGACUGACAGGUUUGUCGUUAUUCACCACAGUGGUGAGUAAUUAAAAUGUCAAAAUUGCAUUGCGCAAUGCGACAUGAAAUGUUUCACCGAAACAUUUCCGCUUCGCUGGGAUGCGACGGUCGCAUUUUUUAUUCUGCGUUUUGGUUAAACGAAGAUUUCCUACAACUUUUCCAGUGGUUCAUAAACUUGGCUAUGAUUUCAAAACUAUUUAGUGCCAUUAAUCUUAAAUGUUUCUCAGUCAAUUUUGAAAAGACUGCAUCGCUAAAAAAAUCGUUGAUUUAAAGGGCGCUUCGAACUAAAUAGGAUUGAGUGCUCAAACUAAUCAUAAAUAAAACGGCUUUAUUUUCAUUUAAAUGUUUUCACAAUAAAAUGUUUGAAUCAAAAUCGCCGUUUUAACCUAGAAGUUGUUCCGAAUCGGAUGUAAAAUUUGCCACCUCCAACCGUUUUGUCCGAAAACAACAGUAUUGUGCUUCGUCUUACGUUGGAACCAGUUACACAAUCUACCCUAACAAUCAAAAACAGAUCGGAGAAACCAGAGUAGCCAAACUGAAUAAAGCAAUCAAAGCAACCAUAGCAAAGAUCGCAACUUCUCUGGCGUGCAACCUCAAAUCUCAGCAACCAAGUUCUCUCCCCAUUUCUUCCGUUUGCUGUCCUCUCUUUAUCGCUCUCUCCUCCCUUCCCUCUCUCUUUCAUCGUAUUCUGUGUCUCCUUCUUUCGUGCUUUUGUUACGCGACACGAUAGCGCAUGACAACGCGGCAAAAGAUUUCAACCAAACUUUGCGUUAAAAACAAAUCAAACGUGGGAGUCUACUUAAGUUAUUUUUUACUUAAUUGCGAGCAACACUCGUUGAACAUACCCCUCCGUCAGUUGUGUAUUUCGACUACGUGCCGCCACAAUCAGAAACUGUUUUCGUUCAGUUACUUAAAAAAAAACACACAUACUUAGUGCUCUAAAAUAGUUUGCUACAUAAGUUUAUCAACUAGCUUUAGUUAUUCUCUUACUGUCUAAUGAAAGAUAGUGUAAGGCUUCCUCAACUGUAAGAAACUAUUUAAGAAACAAACAAAAACAAUCGGCACCCCAAAAAAGAGAGCUUUUCAAAGUUUAUAUAUAUUUUUAUUUUAUGUCGCAAAAUUCGCCACACUUUUUUCUUCUUUUUCCAACACUGCUACCAAGAGAGAGAGACAGAAAAAAUGAUUUCUUUUAUGUGAUAUAUAAAAUUAAACAAAUGGCCGACAACAAAUGCACCACCACCACAGACAAACACAAACAUUGGCACAACACGAAAACAGAGAGCUGUCACGCGCAAAAAUGCGAGAGCGUGUUUUGAACGCUUUCUCUCUGGGAAAAGUGUUGGGAGCGAAGCUAUCGCCAUCGAGAGUGAGAAAGCAUUCUCGCGUGGGAGAGAUUUUUUUCGAUUGUUCUCUCUUUCGUGAGUGUUCUCAGUAGUACUGAUACAUCACAUUUCAUAACCACCCAAAUUGAUGGGAUAGCUUCGUUUCCUCACUCAGGAAAAAGCGAGCAAAACAAAGCUUUCCAGCACAUAAAUUUACUUAAUUUUUUGCUAGUUUCUAAGUAGAUGCCAACAGGAAGGAAAAAAGUUAUAUUAUUUCAAUACUGUCAAACACAAGCAGCAAAAACAUAGAAAAAUUUUAUCAUUAGUUAUUUUUAAUUUUAUUUUAGUUUUCUUUUUAAAGCUAUUAUUAGUUGUAUUUUUAUAAUCAGUAGUUUUAUAUUUUUGCAAGAAAAAGAGAAAAAAUCACGCCGUAAAUGCAAAAAAUAUUCAACAGGCGGCGCUAGCGCUUACUUAAGCGGUAAAGAGAAAUCAAUAUUUUUUUAAACGGAUCAUAAGUCGCGCAAAAUCACCGAGAAAGAGCAAAAGUUUAAGAAGCUAGGCAAAGUGUAUUAUUUGUAUUGUAAAAAAAAAUGGUGACCGACGAAAUAAAAAACUGCUGAAAAAGAAUCGAAAGUCUAUUUCUUUUCGUUUUUUUUGUUUCUGAAACUUUUGUGAACGUCUAUUUUUAUUAACUUAAUUUUAACGCACGCAAAAGGCAGGCAAGCAAAGUAUUUUUUGUGGAAAAACCUAUAUAUUUUAUAACGUUUUAUAUUCGGACGCGCGGAACAAAAAAAAAAGAGAGCACGAGUAGAGUAAAUAUUUCUUCGUCUCCUCACUGAGUUCAAGCAAACGAGAGAUUGCGCCGCUUUAUUCGCUGCAAUUGCGGAACAAACCCGAGCAAAAAUGUGCACAUAAUUUUAUUUUUUUUUAUUUUAUUAAAUUCGAGCAAUUCGGAAGAGAGGCACAAGGUAGGAUUUCAUAAUUUGGCCAAGUCGAUUUAUUUUCUUCACAUUGUUUUAUAUUAAUUUUCCCACCACAAAAAGCAGAAUCCCACAAAAAACUGAUCAACGUGUUUUUAAUUUGAACCAGCAAAACGAAAUCGAAAGUUUUAGUAUUAGAAAC